AAUAAUAUUACAUUUUUCCACAAUUAGCAUAUCCGUUAAUUUUACAUUUACACGAACUUACAAGGGUGCUUAGACAUUCUUCAAUCAAAUAUCUUUAAACAUUUUGAAACAACUCGUCGGCAUAUAAAAGUUAUCUACAGCUACAGCCUCUAAACAAUAAUGAAAACUAAAAAAGUAGAGGACCAAUAUGACUGCCCUGAGGUACUUCCCAAUCCCAAGUAAUAUAUAGCAAGGGCUUACUGUGAAAGUCAAUUUUUUUUUUGAAAUACAAGAAGAAAAAAACUAAAUCGCUUUCUCCUAAACUGUUAGAGAAUCAACUAACCAGUAAAAAAUUACUCAAAAACAAGUUAACUCACAUAAUCAGCAUUUUUAAAGUCGAAGACCAAUUUUCUCUCAUAAAUAUUUAGACGAUUUAAUCACAAAAAAAAUAUGAAAGUUUAAACAACAAACAUUUGUCGCUUCAAUGGCCUUUUUAAUUACUGAUUCGUUCCGCAUGCUUUACUGAUUAUAAAUUGAUAAUUUCCCUGUUUAAUAGUACCCAAACGACAUGAAUAUUUGUUCAAAUUCAGAGUUUGGAAACUUUUUACCUAAUUUGUCUACCUAACCUUGAAGCACCUUUUUCGAUGUAACUGAGCUGAGGCGAAAAUCCUAUUGCUAACUCAAAUAAGCUUCUUUUUGUUCUAAGAACUAGAGUAUCAUAUGAAUAACUCCUAUAAUGCUAUUAUGCUUUGAUUGUAAAUUAUAUGUUUUUCAGUUAUAAAAUUCACACUCACUUGUGCUACAAAACGUAACCUUUAGAAACAUUGAUAAACUCAGGGCUCUAUUUCUCAACAUUUCAAGGUUUAGAACAUGUCAUUUUGGACCCUAAUGUUUAAAAAAAAAUCACAGCACAAUACUUGCCCCUAAGACCUACUCAACAGAGAAACUAAAAAAAAAAAAUGAAAACACAACACACAAAUUGGAUACUUGAAAAAGUUUGAAAUGCAAUUUCAGAGUUAAUUUUAUAUUCGUUCGGAUGGCAGUCACUAACGAAGUUUGUGAGAAUCAAAGUCAAGAAGAUGGUAACUUUCCAAAAUGUCGCCACAUAUUCGGUCUCAUGGGAUUUCUUGGAUUUGCUGUUGUCUAUGCAAUGCGAGUCAACUUAUCCAUAGCAAUUGUUGCAAUGGUCAAUCAUACAGCCAUUCCUCAUACUGAUAUCACAUCAAACGAUCAAACUUGCCCUAGCAGAAGUUCUACAUCCUUGUUAAACUCAUCAACUACUGAUCAAAAAUUGUCUGAAGGUGAAUUUGAUUGGGAUGAAAAAACACAAGGAAUCGUCUUGGGUUCUUUUUACUAUGGAUACAUUUUAACCCAAAUUCCUGGUGGGCGGAUGGCUGAAAUUUAUGGAGGCAAAAUGAUCUACGGAAUUGGAGUAUUAACUUGUGCGGUUUUUACAAUUUUAACACCAUUCGCUGCCCGAUGGAAUCUCUGGGCAAUGUUGGUUGUCCGUUUUGUGGCGGGAUUGUGCGAAGGUGUGACGUAUCCAUCAAUUCAUGUGAUGUUGUCACAUUGGAUUCCUCAAUUGGAGAGAAGUACAUUCUCAGCUUUUGUCUAUUGUGGUUCUUUAAUUGGAACUUUUUUUUCAUUGCCAUUGGCUGGUUGGUUGUGUUCGUUGGAAUUUCUAGACGGUUGGCCACUUGCUUUUUAUGUUACCGGAAUGCUUGGAUUAGUGUGGUUUAUUUUUUGGAUGCGAUUAGUUUAUGAAUGGCCAAGCAGUCAUCCUAGGAUUUCAUUCAAAGAGUUGGCUUACAUUGAAAAAGCUGUGAAAUUAAGAUGCAACGAAGAAACUGAUGACAACUUUAUGAACACUCCUUGGUUAGCAAUUCUCACUUGCCGGCCAAUGUGGGCCAUCGUUAUAACCCAGUUUGGAUGGUCAUGGUCAAUGUUUACCCUGAUGGCAGAACUACCAACUUAUAUGCAUGAUAUUCUCAAGUUCGAUGUUCAAUCAAACUCAGUCUUGAGUGGUCUUCCAUUUCUAACAACUUAUGUUGUAGGAGUUUUGUGUAGUCGAACAGCUGAAUGGAUUCUUAAAAAUACCAAAAUAUCAUUGGUAAAUUCAUACAGAUUGUGGAAUUCUAUUGCAAUGAUAGUGCCAGCGAUAGGUAUGAUUGGGGCAGCACACGUAGGUUGCAAUAGUUUUUGGGUGAUGUUUAUGUUGGCUGGUUUAGGGGCAUUCAAUGGAGCAAUUUAUGCCAGUAUUCAAUUGAAUCAUAUUAAUUUAAGUCCAAAGUAUGCAGGAACAAUGUAUGGUUUAACCAAUACGAUUGGAUGUACAGCUGGGUUUUUAGCUCCUUAUGUGACAGGUUUGAUUAUAAGUGGAAAUAAUACACUUGCACAAUGGCGAUAUGUCUUUUAUUUGGGGGCUUUAAUGAAUUUUUUCGGAAAUUUGAUUUAUUUAAAGUAUGUUAGUACGGAAGAACAGAGUUGGUCAGUUGGUUUGAAAAGUGAAGUUCUUUAAAAUAUAAAUAUAUCAAAAAUAAUUGUGGUUUAUUAAACUCUAGAAUCUAUAGGUGUAUAAAUUUGUAUU